GCUACUGCUACUCCGGACAAGUAUGAAUUAGAAAGUUAUAAAUCCUUCCAUGGAAAUAAAAAGUAUCAAAAUAAAAUUUUUAGUCGAUCAACUAAGCCGAACUUUUCAUUGCUCGCUUGUUUUAUUGAACUGAUGAUCAUUAAUUACAUCCUUGCUUAAUAUGAUUGAACAUUAUAUGAGGGUGACUAAAAUGUAUGCAAGCGCUGUUGGCAUAUGGCCGCAUCAGAGUCCAGUGCGAAAGAACAUUCUUCGCAUCUACAUUAAUGUUAUGGUUGUUCUAUCGUUAAUAACGCAGAUCAGCAGAGUCGUACUAUACGCAAGUACCGAUUCUUUAGUGGAUCAAAUUCCUUUUUUGGGGGUGGCCGUCGCUACAUUUGUGAAGUAUAGCAAUUAUCAGUUUAACGACGUGAAGUUCAGAAAAUUGUUUGAUAGUAUGUCGAAUGAUUGGCAAAAUAAGAUGACAGAGGACGAGAUGACGAUUAUGCAAAAAUACGGUGAUAGAGGUGUUUUCUUCAUAUUUAUAUAUAUAGUAAAUGCAUACGUAUGCAUUGCGGCAUUCUUACUCCGUCCCCUGGUACCGAAAGCGAUGGAUUUAAUAAUGCCGUUGAACGAAUCGCGACAUCGGAUGGAAAUGUAUCCUGCUUACUACUUUACCGACAAUCCUGACAAGUAUUAUUAUGGAAUCAUCAUAUUCACGACAAUGUGUACGAUAACCGCCAUGAGCGUCUUUGUCGCGUCGGAUACGCUAUUAAUCUACUCGGUGCAACAUGUUUGUGGACUUCUCGCGCUCACUGGAUCUCGUUUCAAGUACAGUUUGGACAGCUUAUAUUCGUUAACAGAUGAUACGAAUGUCGACAACGAGAGGUUGUACAAAAAUGUAUGCGACGCCAUUAAUUCUCAUAAACGAGCUUUUGCAUAUAUCACUGAAAUCGAGAGCGCAUAUGCCAUAAACCUCUUCGUACAAGUCGGCGUAGUAAUUAUAUCUUUCACCAUAACGUUGUUCCAGGGUGUAUCUUUUAUACAAUUUUUGGGUGCCAGAGGCGCACCAAUAGGGUAA